UCGCGGGAAAGCACAAAGACUCCGGUGAACAAGCAUUGUGCAUUGAUGGCACUAAUUCAUACAUAAGAGGAGAGAGGAGCUCAGUGUAUCCUAAGUUGUCCCCCAGCAGUCUAGGCCUAUAACAGCACGUCUAGGGGCUGGACCUGAGCAAACCUGAGCCCCCUCUGUUUCAUAUCAUUGUAAAAUUUAGAUUUGGGACUUUUAGUUUGACAAAGCAAAUACACUUCUGAUAUUACACAGACUACAGGAUAUAGUCCCAAAAAAAUCGAUUGACAAUUAACGACCAUUUUAUUAGUAUUCAUGAUAAUAAUAACAACAAUAAUUGCUUUCCUGGUUGCUGUCCUAAACGAGGCUUAUUGCUGUAGAAACAGUGGAUUUUAAUGUCAAACAUUACAAAUGAAUGCAAGUUUAAAUCAAAAGUUUAUAAAUCAAAAUGCAUUGCAAGUUAAAGUUUAAAAUGCAAUGCUUUUAUACUGAUCAUGUAAAUGGGGCAAACCACAUGGCGCACCGCAUACAAUUCACGUCGUAAUGACGUCACCGGUUUGACGCCCUCAGACUGUACCCGGAGCGCUGAGCUAUUCGGGAUUCACUUUGCACAUUUAGCUCUUUGAACUGUCCGGCUUGUGGCCAGCCGCCCCACUGAGGUAACCCGGUGUGUGUUUGGAGUGCACCCUGGAGGAGCGGAGCAGACGUGAAGAACACGGAGUUACCUGACGGACUGCCCGCUCCUGUGACGGGACCGAAGAGACAUCAUGGGAGCCGUUCUUGGAGCCUAUUCCCUCGCAAGCUGGGUGCCGUGCCUGUGCAGCAGUGCAACCUGUCUGAUGUGCAGCUGCUGCCCGAACAGCAGGAACUCCACAGUGACCAGGAUCAUCUACGCCUCCAUCUUGCUGCUGGGGACCAUCGUUGCCUGCAUCAUGCUGUCGCCGGGUGUGGAUGUGCAGCUGAAAAGGAUCCCAGGCUUCUGUGAAGACGGGGCUUCUUUCCCCGGCCUGCAGGCCGACGUAGACUGUCAAAUGUUCGUGGGCUACAAGGCAGUGUACCGCAUCUGCUUUGGCAUGAGUAUGUGGUUCCUGGGGUUCGCCAUUCUUAUGAUUAACAUCAAGAACAGCAGAGACCCCCGAGCCACCAUCCACAAUGGAUUUUGGUUCUUUAAGUGUGCUGCCUUGAUGGCUAUUACAGCCGGUGCCUUUUACAUUCCAGAUGGGCCUUUUACAUACACGUGGUUCAUCGUGGGCUGCUUUGGAGCUUUCUGUUUCAUUCUAAUCCAGCUGGUGCUGCUGGUGGACUUUGCCCACUCCUGGAACGAGUCCUGGGUGGCCAAGAUGGAGACUGGCAACGCCCGGUGCUGGUAUGGAGCUUUGCUCGCAGUCACAAUCCUCAACUACAUCCUGUCAUUUAUUGCUGUCGUGCUGUUCUUCGUCUUCUACACCAAGCCUGAUGGAUGCUUCAUCAACAAGUUCUUCAUCAGCUUCAACAUGUUGUUCUGCAUCGUUAUCUCUGUUGUGUCUGUGCUGCAUAAAGUACAGGAGUCUCAGACACAUUCAGGUCUUCUGCAGUCGUCCAUCAUCACCCUGUACACCAUGUAUCUCACGUGGUCUGCCAUGACGAAUGAGCCUGACCGAGUAUGUAACCCCAGCCUACUGAGCAUCUUCCAACAGAUUGCGGCCCCCUCACCUGCCCCCCUGGAGAUAGAGAACCAGACAGCCGUGGUGAUUAUCGACGCAGAGGAACCAGUCCUGACAUCCCCCUACCUGCAGUGGUGGGACGCCCAGAGCAUCAUGGGCCUCGCUAUAUUUGUCCUGUGCAUCCUCUACUCAAGCAUUCGUACGUCCAGCACCAGCCAGGUGAACAAGCUGACCAUGGCCUCCAAAGACUCGGCCAUCCUGGCUGAGGGCGGCAGCAGCCCCGACCUCCCAGAGGAGUCCACAGGACCCAGACGGGUGGAGGACAACGAGCGCGACAUGGUCCAGUACAGCUACUCCUUCUUCCACUUCAUGCUCUUCCUGGCCUCACUUUACAUUAUGAUGACCCUCACCAACUGGUACAGCCCCGAUGCAGACUACACCGUAACCAGCAAGUGGCCAGCAGUGUGGGUGAAGAUCUCCUCCUGCUGGGUGUGCUUGGCCCUGUAUACGUGGACCCUGGUGGCCCCCAUGAUCCUCACCAACCGAGACUUCAGCUGAUCAGCGACUCCACCCUGUCCUCCGCACACCAGAAACUCUGACCAUAUUGCCUACAUCUUACUCUCAAAAUGAACUCGCAUUUUAUACAUUCGACCAGACUUUAGUUUCAUCAGUUUAACAAUUGGGUCUGGUUUAGAGGUGCCAUACCAGCUGUUUCAGGUCCAAGUAUUUACUGUCGUGAAACCGUCCCAUUUGUUUGUGUACAUUUAUAAUGUGAACUGAAUAAUAAUGUGAAUUGUAAAUGAAUCACAAAUAUAUUCACUCUGCUUCCAAAUACAAAUGUAUUGCAGUAAUAAUAAUGAUGGUUUGUAAAGUGCACAUAGUAGUAAGCCUUUAUAAUGUAAUGAUAUGCCUUCCAAUGCCUUAUUGUCAGUCAAAUGUUUCAGAUUCGUGAAAAUAUGAGUAAUGAGUAAUAUGCAUACCUGCAAACUUGUCACCUUUCGGCGAAAUUCGCCGUUUUGAAAUCAAAAUAGGUCAUCCACGUGAAUAGUGUAGAUCCGAAGAGUUUUUGUUUUGGGUAGAGGGGGGGGGGUGUAAAUUGGACGGCCGGCGUUUAUGAGAUUGGAGUGAGACACGGAGAACAUGCGAUGUGGUGAUCUUCGGAAUAAAACAUGUUUGAUGGGACACGUCGAAGGAACAGGCUCCUCGAACAGAAAUUCUGUUCCAAGAUUCUGAGAAUCAUGGAACAGAAUUAUGGAACAGAAUCAUGGAACAGAAUUAUGGAACAGAAUCAUGGAACAGGCUCAAAGCUCAGCAGAGCACACAAGUAAAAAAAAAAAAAAGGAAGUUGGUUCAUGAAUGACUUUAACCAUAUUAUAUAUAAUGAUAAUGUAAAGUUGUUAUUACUAUUAUUAGGGCCCGAUCACUGAAUUAUUCAGAGGACCUUUUUUCUUAAAAUGUUUAUUCUUAUUUAGAUUUGCGGUCAGAACAAUCAAAAGACUGUAGUCAAAAAACAACGUGGAUGUGGUGUGGCGACAACAACAAAAAAGUCACCUGCACCCCCGUUGUCACCUUUUUCACCCCUCAUGAGUUUGCAGGUAUGAAUAUGAAGUACAUGAGUGGAGAAGUAAACUGUUGUGAAGAUAUUCAACGUGAAGGUGAGAUCCGAUUGUUUCAGGUUGUAAACUAUAUCAGUGACAGACCUGCACUGGACACACAGAUACAAUCUGAUAUGAUAUGAGUGAUGAUUACAUUUUUCUCUGUCAUUUUAGGACUCCAAAUAGUAUGGAAUAGCUUUUAAUCUGUAUUAUUAUUUUAUUUUUGCAAAGAUAUUGUGUCAUCUUUUUCUAAAUCUAACAAUGAAGUUUUGUAAGAAUUGUCUUGGAAUGCUAAUUGAAAGGUUAAAUGUGUUUAAGAAUAUGAAUCAAACCAGACUCGUGUGAUAUAAACACUGACCAAAUGCCUUGUAAACCAAAGUGAUUUACUGUCGUCGGUAUAUGCUUCUGCAGUUUAUGUUUAGAUUUACGGUCAUUUAUGUUUUGCUUUGACUCCGUUUUCACAGCGAGAUUUCUGCAAAGCUCAGCACAAAUAAAUGAUCUUGUGCAACGUG